AGCCCGUCAUUUAUAGUACAGUCGGAAGACAAAAGUGGUUGUAUACUUAUUUACCGUUCCAUGAGAACUGGCUUUACCUACUAUGUUAUUGGGCAGCUUAUGCAAUGUGCAAAGAAAUUCUACGCUGUUGAUGUGGACAUCACUGUUUUGGAAGAAAUAGUUACUGAAAAGGGUUGCCAUGUAACUUUUAGAUUACAGUUUGACAACAGAGGAUUUACGCCAUCUGGUGAAAAGGGUGACACGGGCAUUUACUUGAGCUCCUAUCCUGAAAUAAAGAGCUCUACGUUUUUUAAGCUGUUCCCAUUUUGUCUAGUCUUUAAUGCAAAGAUGAAGAUUAUUGGCUGCGGUGGGAAUCUUGCGAGCUUACUAAAGACGAAAGACUUGAUAGGAUCUUCAGUAACUGACAUGUUUAGCUUACGACGGCCACUUGUGGACUUUACCUGGACCAAUACAAUGUGUCUCCAGAAAGUGAUUUUUGAGGUUGAAUGGCGGAAAGAAGAUUUAAAUAAUGACUUUAUGAGCAGUGGCAUAAAAACUGCUAGGUAUGGCGACAAGCGGGCAGUCAAUUUCAAGAGGCUGUUGCUUAGAGGACAAAUGAAAUAUAUUAAGGAUUGGGAGGCAGUCGCAUUUCUUUGUACCCCAUUAUUAGGUAACUUGGAUGACAUGUUGAAAACAGGAAUCUAUCUACAUGACUUGAACAUGUUUGAUAACAGUCGUGAUUUGGUACUAGCAGGUCAGCAGUGCGCCUCCGACCUAGAAUACAGCAUGGAAAAGCAAACUGCAUGGUCGAGACAAAUCGAAGAUACUCUUCAAAAAUUGGAUAAAGCAAGACAACAAAGUGAAAAUCUGAUCAACUCAAUGUUAACUAAAAGUAUUGCUGACCGACUUAAGUUGGGCGACGAUGCUUUAUCAACUUGUGAAGCAUUUCCUCAAGUAACGAUUUUGUUUAGCUACCUUGUAAGAUUCUCUGAUAUCUGCACUGAAGGAUCACCUAUGCAAGUAGUUCAGUGUAUACAAAAUGUGACAGAAGUUUAUGACAAAAUUGUGGAAAAAUAUAAACUUUUCAAGGUGGAAACGCUCGGAGAUGGAGUGUAUAUGGUCGCGGGUGGUGUACCCGAUAAAUGUUUAGAUCAUGCUCAAAAAGUUGCUGGGCUGGCUUUAGAACUUGUAGAGAACGCAAUGUACGUUAAAAAUCCUAUCACGGGAGCUGGUAUGCAGGUUAGAAUUGGCAUGCACACAGGUAGUGUUGUUGCUGGCAUAGUUGGUAAAAGGACUCCACAGUACUGCCUAUUUGGAGAUACAGUAAACACUGCCGCCAGAAUGCAAACAAAUAGUGAGCCAGGUAGAAUACACCUCACACAACCUUGUCACGACUGCCUUAAAGGGACAGAAUAUUUGUCGGUUUAUCGAGGCAGAAUUCAAGUGAAGGGUAAAGGUGAAAUGAAAACCUAUUGGCUAGCCGGUAAACAAGGAGCUGAAUCAACUAAAAUAAUGUGCAGAAUUCUUAAAGAAGAGCAUCAAAAGCGUCGCCAAGGUUCAGUCGAAAAUCCAUACGACUUACAUGCUCUUCAUAACUCUACAUCGGCUUCCAACUUUAUUUCAAUAUAUGAUUUAAAUGAUGAAGACGAAAAAGAGUUGGAGUUAACGCUAAACUCAGUUUUUGAUGGAGAUUCGACGAUGGAACAUCAUGAAGCUGUUUGACUCAAGACUCAAGAAACAGAUUACAAAUACUUUUUUUAAUUUUAUUUUCUUGAUGAUUCUUUUAAAAAGGACUAUUUAUUUUAUGAAUAUAUAUAAUGAUUAUAAAAAUUUAGAAGCACUGAAAAUAUAAAUAAAACAAAAUUACAAUGCAGGCUACUAAUUAAAUUUAAUCUUUUGUUCAAUUUCAUCUCGUACGGUUUUUCUGUUAUGCCUAAAAAAAAACGGUUGUUAUGGUAUCGUUUUCUGUUGUAGAAUACUAUUUAGGAGGAAAUUAUUGUGUACCUUGGCUCUUUUUACCAUAAGAUGUUUUUAUAAUAAAAUAAUCAAUUUCAA